CCCGGCCUGUCCCAGGUGCUGGGGACACCGGGGAACAACCUGCACGAGGUGGAGACGGCCGAGGGGACGCGGUUCCUGGCCAGCAUGCCCCCGCGCUUCCGGAGACACAUCUGGAUCAAGAGAGGUGAUUUCCUGCUGGUCGAUCCCAUCCUGGAGGGCUCCAAGGUCAAGGCUGAGAUUUCCCUGGUGCUGCUCCCGCCCCACGUGCGCUCGCUGCAGCGCCAGGGGCUCUGGUACGGCCCAAACACCCCAAAAAUACCCCAAAAACACCCCAAAAUAUCCCAAAAAUACCCCAAAUAU